UGUUGUGAUGACGCAAGAAUUGUCGUUGGAGGGAGAAUAAAAGCUGUCGUUUUGGAUUGGUUGAAGAUGGAUUUUAUUUGAAAUAAAUGUUCUCUGUUCAUAGUGUUGCUGCGUAAUUCUUUGAUACUUCCCUUACUGUACAUAAUUUCCAACUAUGCCUCCAAAGAUCCCGGCAACAAUGAAUCUUAAACAGUUUAUGCUCCGUCAGAAAGUUCUGAAACUGUAUCGAGACAUAUUACGGGAAAUACGCAGAGUACCGGAUGAAGGAAGUAAAGCAGAACUUCGCCUUUGGGCUAGAAGUGACUUUAGAAAGUACCAAAAUGAGAAAGAUGAGUACGCUAUAAAGAUGCUGAUCUUCAAUGGUGAGAGAUCCUUAAAGGAACUGAAGCAAUCCAUUGAGUUGAGCAGUGCAAAGAAUAAUUAAAAGUAGCAUGUGAUGUUAAUGGCACAUGUUUGCUGUGACUGAACAAUAUAAAACAAUGUGUAAGUAUUUACGUUAGGUACCAUCUUGAAGAUGAAAAUACUCCUUUAUGUGGCUGCUGAUUUGUAGUUUCCAUUCAUUGUUUGACCAAAAAAAGUAAAUUUGUCAUCAACCUAAUUGUUCUAUUUGAAGUCUUCUCUUUUAUUCCACCAUUGUGGGAGCUGGCGCAUGUGUCAACUUAUCUGGAGACAGUGUUUAAUAUGUAAUUCAAACCAUUGUGCAUGCAGGCAGUUUCCACAAAUGCAGAACAUGAACAGAAGUGAAAGUUGUGUGCAAGUGUCAGGGAAAAGCCGUAUAACAACCCAUGUAUGAAACACAUGAGUUUUGUGUUGUGCCAUUGAUGAAGCCAGUGAGCUGUGAAUCAUUUGAGUAUUGUGAAAAUAAAGAGUGAAGUUGAGAUUUUAA